UCUCUUAAGCAUGUCUGACAUAGGCAUAUUACUCUGAGGUCUUUCUUUCAAGGUAUUGCUGUGGUUAUGUGUGUUUAAAACCCUUAAUUUACUGAUCAUCCUGGAAUCAUAAUUGUGCAGUUUCUUUUUUCUUUUUUUUGAGACAGAGUCUCUGUCACCCAGACUGGAGUGCAGGGGUGUGAUCUUGGCUCACCGCAACCUCUGCCUCCUGGGUUCAAGCAACACUCCUGCCUUGGCCUCCCAAGUAGCUGGGAUUACAGGCGCGCAAUACCAUACCUGGCUAAUUUUUUGUAUUUUUAGUAGAGAUGGGGUUUUGCCAUGUUGGCCAAGCUGGUCUUGAACUCCUAAUGUCAGGUGAUUCUCUGGCCUCAGCCUCCCAAAGAGCUGGAAUUACAGGCAUGAGCCACCUCGCCUGACCAAUUUUGUAUUUUUAGUAGAGAUGGGGUUUCUUCAUGUUGGUCAGGCUGGUCUUGAACUCCCGACUUCAGGUGAUCCGCUUGCCUCGGAUGUGAGCCACCAUGCCCAACCUUGUAUUUUUAGCAGAGACAUGGUUUCACCAUGUUGGCCAAGCUGGUCGUGAACUCCUGGUCUCAGGUGAUUCUUCCGCUUCAGCCUCCCACAGUGCUGGGAUUACAGGUAUGAGCCACUGACCCGGCCACUGAAUUCUUUAUUCUAAAAUAAAUAUCUCAGAAAUAAUCUCAGUUAUCAUAGAGAACAUGCUUCAUUGUCCCAUCCCCAACACAUGAGAACACAGACCAGUUUGUAGUAUGGUUUACUCAGGAGGCUGCUUACUUACAGAUGCAACAGUUGCCCUAUUUUAUGCUCAUUGUGAUGUCACCAGCAUUUUACAUCUUUCUCUCUCUCUCUCUUUUUUUUUUUUUUAAAGAUGGGUUUUCUCCAUGACGGCCAGGCUGGUCUUGAACUCCUGACUUCAGGUGAUCCACCCACCUCGGCCUCCCAAAGUGCUAGGAUUACAGGCGUGAGCCACUGCACCUGGCUGCAUUUUACAUCUUUCUAAGUCAGGGUGGAUACCUCAGGCAGGUUUACUGGAAAAUUCCAGUAAACAGUUUCAAAGGAUUUCAAGUUGCUUGCCAGACUGACUAACUUUUAAAAGUAAGCAGGCUUCCAAGUUAAGAGAUGGUUUUAAAUUUCAGAUUUUAUCAUGUGGGCAACCUGCUGCAACUGGUUCUGCCUGGAUGGACAGCCUGAGGAGGUCCCACCACCCCAGGGAGCCAGGAUGCAGGCCUAUUCCAACCCUGGGUACAGCUCCUUCCCUUCCCCAACAGGCUCGGAACCAAGCUGCAAGUCCUGUGGGGCUCACUUUGCAAACACAGCCAGGAAGCAGACCUGCUUGGACUGUAAGAAACAUUUCUGCAUGACCUGUUCAAGCCAAGUGGGGAAUGGGCCCCGCCUCUGCCUUCUCUGCCAACGGUUUCGAGCUACAGCCUUUCAGCGAGAGGAGCUCAUGAAGAUGAAGGUGAAGGACUUGAGGGACUAUCUCAGCCUCCAUGACAUCUCUACUGAAAUGUGCCGGGAGAAAGAAGAGCUGGUGCUCUUGGUGCUUGGCCAGCAGCCUAUAAUUAUCUCCCAGGAGGGCAGGACUCAUGCCCCCACCUUGUCCCCAGACUUUCCCGAGGAGCAGGCCUUCCUGACCCAGCCUCACUCCAGCACGGUUCCACCUACCUCACCCAACCUUCCCUCUUCAUCUGCACAAACCAUCUCUGUUCCUUCAGUCCAGGUUCAGGAGAAUCAACAGGCCAAUGGCCAUGUGUCUCAGGAUCAAGAGGAACCCGUCUACCUGGAGAGUGUGGCCAGAGCACCUGCUGAGGAUGAGACCCAGUCUAUUGACUCAGAAGACAGCUUCAUCCCAGGCCGAAGGGCCUCUCUUUCUGACCUGACUGACCUGGAGGACAUUGAAGGCCUGACAGUACGACAGCUGAAAGAGAUCUUGGCUCGCAACUUUGUCAACUACAAGGGCUGCUGUGAGAAGUGGGAGCUGAUGGAGAGAGUGACCCGGCUGUACAAGGAUCAGAAAGGACUCCAGCACCUGGUCGGUGGUGCUGAAGACCAAAACGGGGGAACAGUACCACCAGGCUUGGAGGAGAACCUGUGUAAGAUCUGCAUGGACUCACCCAUUGACUGUGUUCUGCUGGAGUGUGGCCAUAUGGUAACCUGUACCAAGUGUGGCAAGCGCAUGAAUGAAUGCCCCAUCUGCCGGCAGUAUGUAAUCCGAGCUGUGCAUGUCUUCCGGUCCUGAGGGCUUGCAUUGGUUUCUUCAGUGCCUUACAGGGUAAUAGCCUGGGGUGUCUGGGCUCAGGGUUGGCCAGCUUGCAGAAGAGUAAGCUAUAGAAGAAAUACUGCAGUGUUCCCAAGACCAGGGCAAGCAAGAUGCCGUGUCACCCCUGAGAGUGCCUGUCUUACCACAGGGGUGUACCUCUUGGCUGGCAAAGCCUGAGGCCAGUGGGAAUUUGUACAAAUCACAUGGGUAUGUUCUUGAUUUAGUGCUCUUGGAGUGAUUAUGGUAACGGAUGAACAGAGAACUUAACAGAACCUGGAUCCUGUCUUCCUCCCUGAACCUGGACAGUUUCACCCCUCCUUCUGUACCCAACCCAUCCCCUGGAGAUGCUUGCCUAUGUGUUUCAUCAAUCAGAAAUCCUCCUCCUUAGCACAUUUGGAUUUAAAUUUCUAGUCUCUCCAGCUUUCUGUGCUUUAACUAUCUUUGCUAAAGUCUCUUGCUACAUUGCCUAAAAUCCAUUUGUUUCUCUGGAACAAAAAUGUUAUUACCAGACCGAUAGUGGUCCUUAGGACAGAAUUUAGACCAGUAAACUUAUCUCUGGUGAGAAAUGAAGCACGAAUGCUAUAGAAAACUUUCCAAAUUGUUAAGAGCUGCUUCCUUAAAUGCUGGGAUUGGAAGCUGUUGGUCUCCUGACCCGACCCUGGGAGCCAACAAAACAUCAGGCUCCCAAACUGCUGGGAAAUUCCAGUUUCUGUCUGCAAGGGAUGGUGUGUGGAUAAUCUCUGUUGCUGCUUCUCUUGGGACCUGAUUUGCACCAUCCCUAGUUUAUGGAGAAAGGGGAAGCACUGGGUGGAAGCAGUGGCCUUCUGCUUAAUUUUGGCUUGGUUUUUGAGCCUUUUCCCAACUAGCAGAAGUCUUAAACCACUUUCCCCUGAAAAUGAAAUCUAUCCCUUACCCAUGGUAGUUUUAAAUUUGGUCUCAUUGAAGAGACUUAGGCAAAGAGCCUGUGCUCUUCUCUGGCCAGACUUCUCUUGAAGUUCCUGGAGAGCAAACGUGUAAGACAGAUUACCUCAGAGCUUCCAACAGGUACUGAAUGAGACUGGAUUCUGUUGUGAGCCAACAGUUCAAGUCUUUAUUUCCCAGGUUGGUGGGGAGUGAGGAGACCCUACUUUCCUUUCCUAGCCUACUGAUUUAUGGGGGCAGGUCAGGGGAAAGCAUUUUUUUUUUUUCUUUUUUGAGACAGAGUCUCACUGUCGCCCAGACUGGAGUGCAGUGGCAUGGCCUUGGCUCAUUGCAACCUCCACCUCCUGGGUUCAAGCAAUUUUCCUGCCUCAGCCUCCUGAGUAGCUGGGACUACAGGUGCCUGCCACCGGUGAUGCCUGGCUAAUUUUUGUAUUUUUAGUAGAGACGGGGUUUCACUGUGUUGACCAGGGUGGUCUCAAACUCCUGACCAGGUGAUCUGCCCACCUCAGCCUCCCAAAGUGCUGGGAUUAUAGGCGUGAGCCACCAUGCCCAGCAGGAAAAAACAUUUUUUAGGCUCUUUAGGAAGGACCAUACAAUGAGUAGGUGAUGUUUUUGAGACCACACAGUCUUUACAUCCCUAGAGGAGCUAGAGGGCUUAAGAGUGUGCUGGAGAAGUGUGACCAAGCACAAAACACAUUAUCAGGAGAGCAGAGUGUUUUCUCAUUACCAAUGGAUGAACUAUGCAAACCCUAAACUCAUUGGCAGAUGGCUCCCACUCUUUACCCCUCCCAUGCAGCUGAAAAAUCUAAGACUAGAACCAAUCCUGAUUCUAGAUAGCAGAGGGAAACCUCUAAAGGGACUUCUUACAUUAGUACAGACAUAUUUAUGCUUUCCUUCCAUCAUCAACUGCUAAACCCCUUAGGAGGAGUGAAGUAACUGCAUAAAGUAGUUGUCAACUGAACAUACUUGGUCACUUACUUCAACAUCAUAAAAGUCCUGCAUGAUCUGAUUCUGAACCACAGUCGUUGUAGGAGUUGGGGGAAUCAGAUUUGCUCAUAAAGACAUCCCUUUUCACUUUUCUCAUGGGCAGUAAAUACUAUAGUUUACAAUGCCUACCAAUUUAGCAAAGGAUAAUUCAUUCAGCUACUCAAUUUCUCUGUGAAACAGGUCUGUGUAUGUGCUAUUCAGUUAAAAUCUAGUAGCAACUUAAAGGCAGAAGCUGGCUCUCUUUACAAACUGCUUUCUCUGCUGAAGCCUUACCUCCUCCUGUUUCCCUCCUAGACACAAACCGAAAAUAAUAUACUGAUAGCUGGUUAGGAACCUCAGUAAGAAUUAAAACUGAGGUCAUUUACUCAUUUUUGAGAAAGAACUUGCCUUUAAAUCUUUUAUCCCAUUUUGGUGAAGGUUUCCAUUUAGGAAAAAAGGUAUCAAACAACUCUGAUUUUUUUUUGGUAUCAUUUUUAUUAUACCAAAUAAAAGUUGGGAGUUCCAAGAUCCCAUUCCAGUUAGUAUUUAACCAAGGUCUAAAAUUUGAUUUUUUAAAAUCUUUGAAUCCUCCCUCCUGCCCUUCAUGGAUCCUUGGUUUUAAUUAUUAUGGAAAUAUCUAAUUCUUACAAUUAUUCUGUGGCUUUUGCUGUGAUUGCUCUGAGAUUUCAGUUAAAACUUGUUUCAAAAGACAGCUGACUGGUUCACAAUACCUUGGAAUAGUUGGAUCCAAACUAAUCAGAAUAAGCUGUACAGGAAUUAGUGCUCAAUAUACAUUGUAUAAAUUUGUGGAAAUCUCUUGGAUGUGAAUUGUUACUUCAAGUGGCUUAUAUUAAGAUUUUCUCAGACUUACUUGGAGGUUAAAGCAAACCCAAAUGUGUAUUAUUUUGUUACAGAGCUCUGCUUUAUAAUUUUGUAAUAAAGUUUCAAUACAGA